CUGCGCGCAACCGUGCACGGGGUGAGGGCCUCAUUCCCCCCCAGCCAAAAUCAUCAGGUGGAGUUGGUGGCCAUGUCCAUGUCUAUCAGUUUGCAGAUGUUUGCAGUAUUGAGUCAAUAUUGUUGUGUUGUUUUUUGGUGGUGUUCUUGGUGGGGACUGGAAUGAAUUAAAGAGCUGGACAAAAGGUAAGAAAAAGGUAAUCACUAAAAGGUAAAAUAAAGGUAGUGCAAUCAAUACUGAGUAUUUGUUGUGGACAGCACCCAGUGUUUGGGAUACCCUUCGAGUCCAGUUUGAGAUUUUGUCUUGGGCCAACCGCGGCCAACCUUUGGAGUGAUUUGUUCAUGGCAGGCAUGCUUUUUUGGCGACACUUGGAGCUCCAUUUUAGGACAGGACACCUGUGCCAUCUAUAUAAUGCAGCUGGAUUGAUUCACACCUCCUGGAGCAGGCUUGCGGCUUGCGCGACCAUCACGAGCAACUGCCCGUUCCCUUGCCGGCCUUGCCACGCCGUUUUGCCAUGCCGGAGGCUGGUAUCCCGUUUGAUUGGGAGACCAGCGAGGCCAGUGAGGCUGGAUGUUUCAGCCACCUCCGGUCCAUGGGCCGAGCCGCGAGGGCAUGGUGGAUGGAGACCACGGACGACGUGCUGCUCAACAGCCCCUGGCUCCGGCGAAGCACCGGCGGCUGGUUUCGGUGCCUGUGGAUCCUAUUUCAUGUCGUGCCAUGGUGCACCGGCAUUUACAUGGAGAGUGUUCAACUUAGACAAGGUCCAGACAGGUUUCCAGCGAGCCUUUUAGUUCUGGCACUCUUGAUGUUUGCCCGAGUGGUCUAUUCUUCACUCACCAAACUCCGAGACACACUUCAAAGCAGUUUGCUGCUCUGCUUUGGGUCUUUGAUCAGUUAUGGCUGUUGGGACUAUUUGCAGGUCGAGCCUCAUGAGUUGUGGUUUGAUCGCAGCACUUUUGUCGUCGGCUUUCUGGGACAAGCCUUCCCGACUCUAUGCCACUGCAAUGUGCACCCGGUGGCUCUCGUUCUGUUGCUGGCUUACACCGUGGCGUACUUGUGGCAUGAUUUUGACCUGCAUGGUGCGCGACCGGUCACGUUCAGGUUAUUGCAUAUUUUGGGCUUUCAGUGCUGCAUGUGCUAUGCCUUCACGAGGGACUUCACACAUCGCGUCAAGGCCGUGUCGACCGGGAUGCUCGAAGGUGCCAGCUCUGAUCCAUUGCAAAGUCCAGUGGCAGGACGUUCUGCUCGCACAUUCUGCUGGCUCACCGGUGUCAACAAUUGGAUUUUUUUGAUGCUUACUUGUAUCACAUUCUACUUGACUCAGGAGAUAAGCUUCAUGCUUUUUGACGGAGUUUUGUUCUGCGUGCCGUGGAUAGCUUUGAUGUUUGUAAGGCGUGGAGCAUGUACACCAUUUCAAUCCGAUUUGGCAUUGUGUGUAUUUUGCAAUGCGGGUCCAGCAUGGGCGAUGCUCCGUCCGUUGCCGUAUGAUUAUACGCUGGCGGGGCUUGGCGAAAUCAGCGGAUUUGGAUUUGUCAGGCUGAGCUUCUACCUUUACUAUACUUCAAUUGGUUGCACCUCCUACGUCUUCGCCACACAGGCUGCCAUACAAGCAGGCUGCCAUCCAUCAAUUUCUUUGGGAACCUCCGCAGUCAUGACGGUGUUUUUCCUCGUUGAAGUGCUGCAGUGCAACCUUUGCUUGCAACUUGCUUGGGACUUUGGUCAAGUGGCUGAGGUUGCUCUGAGCUUAGAAGCUGCUGCCACCAAAGGCAGAGAGGCAUUUGCGAUCUUCAAGUGCACACCUUCUAAAACCAUGCCAGGAAAAGACCGCCCUGAAAUCUCCAUGUCGACAAUCUCUUCCGUUGCUUUUCGCUGCAUGGCCUCGGAUUGAAGCCGGUGAGUGGAUGCCCCAAAUCCUCCAUGAUGGAUUUGCAUCUUCCUUCAAGCUUUGAGGUUCUCGUGCCCUGGACAGGCUUUGCGGUUCACUACACCCAAAACAUCCAGGGAAUUUGCCGAAGAGUGCAUUUAGUGCGUUCUCCUCCAAAGCAGCACAUACUCCCAGCAAACUAUCAUGCGCAUCAACGCCUACCUUCUAGCAGCUGACCUUCCUACACCUCACAGAAUCCGCCAGACACGCCAAGUCGGCGCCCGGCGCAAAUUGGCGAAAGUGAGACAGAAGGUAGUUGAAGGUCGAACACACAGAAGGAGUGAAAGAGAAAGAAAGGAGUGCGUGGCACUGUGAAGUCCAUUCACCGAAGCUCUAUCUCUCUCCGCCAGAAGAAACACUGAUUGAACAUGAGCAGGGCACAGGGAGUCUUGCGCUGUCAUUCGUUUCCAUUCCCCCCACUUGAGUGCUGGCGGCCGUGCUGCACUUGGUUCCGCGCGUGUAACGGUGAGUGACAUGCACUUGUUCCGUGCUGAGUUCCCAGCUGUGUUUUGGUUGGUGUAUCUGUUUUCUGCUUUGCAUUUGAAUUGGACUCGUGCUUAGGACCUCUCGACCCAAGGUGACGGGGAAUGGCCUAAUUGGUGUCAGAUCACCAAAGGUAGCCUCAGCUACCUAAGUUCUCCUUGCUUUAGCAAAAUGGUUUUGGGGGUGGUGGAAGUCUAUGCUGCUGGUGCUUGCUGCUUGUGCUGCUUGCUCCUCUUCAGAAUCUUCCUAGCUCUACCUUUGGUCCACCUCCAUCGUCUCAAGUUAUGGGCCUUUUUCAUUCCAGGUAAUUGUGAUCCAUUUGCGCAUCCAAAGCAGUACAAGAGAGUAUAUAUAUAUAUAUACAAAUGCAUCCACAUACAGAUCGGAAGACAAAAACAUUACAGACAAGCAUGAUGCAUCUGGUAUAUUGAUUAGUUUACACCCCUGUGGCCCAAGAUCGUUGAUCGAUAUUCCUUCAUCGAUCCCGCGAAUUUGUAGGUUCUUGCGGUGAACCAUUCGGUCGACUUCACCCAGCGCUUGCGGGCGAUCAGCGCUGGGCUGGAGCAAAGCGCCCAGAACGCCGCCUCCUCGCUACAGGUCUUGCGCAGCCACGAGCGCCUAGGCUUGGAGCUCUUGGACCUGGCCUCUCCACCGCCCCCGCCGCCGGGGGCUGCGCCGCGCCCGGUGGCGCGCCGCACGUCGAUGUGGUUCGCCGCCCCCGCGCAGGGCGCUUGGACCAGUCGCGUGAGUGAGACGGAGAGCUGCAGCAGCCGUCAGACAGAGAUCUUUCGGGAUCCGGGGCGCAUGCCCCACAGCCCGGUGCGGAGGAACUCCGAUAGCCCUAUGUGACGUCGAAAAGAAGGGAAGGAAGGCGCAUGAAGGCGCCAACUAAGAAAAAGAGGUUAUUUGAAAUCAAGUUUAGGAUCUUUGGAUUCUUUGGGGGCUGCCGGUGUUACGACACAUGGUUAUAACCCAUUCGAUGAGGGUGAACACAUGGCUAGCGGGCGACACCGGAGCCGUGCGAAGAGCACUGACAAGAGC